AUGCCUUCUCAGGGCUCGCCCAUGCUAGCCAGGUCGGCAACGCAGCCACCGCAAACGCCCAUCAAUCUCGCCAAGCGAACUCUGCAGGAGGUCGAUCACUAUGGAGGGGUGCCACUCUACAAAAAACAGGCGAACUUGGCACCGCGGCUCUGGUUCACGCUGAGAGACCGCCAAUUUGAGCAAGCUGCAGAGAAUGAGCAGGAAACUGACCAGGGUCAUCCCAUCAUGCCCUCAAUUGAGAGUUCCCUGUCCGACCAACCGGAAAUGAUUAUCCCAAAGACAAAUAUACCGGUGGCGAAUCGGGCUUCCGCUAUCUGCGAAUCGCCAGUCGCUCUAAUUCCUGUUGCACAGAGCCAAGCUGCCCAGAGCCCGGCUGCCGGGGGCUUGGAAAGCAAAGAACCAAUCGAGCAAAGAGAGGCAAAAUCAGAAACAAAUAUAUCAUGUGAUGACCUUGCCCCAGAAGAGUCUGAGAACGACUCAUUCGGUCCGGUCACUCCACGAGCGCCGUCUACUCCAAAAAAGCGGAUCAAGUCUCUCAAGCCAACCAAAGCACCGAAGUCUACCAAAUCUCCAAAGCUGCCUAAGCCGACAGUAGCAGUAGGGACGGCAGUCCCUCCAUUCACACCUGUUCGCUCGGCACUGACACAGACGGAAACGAUCGUGAUUGAGGACGAUGACGAAGGCAACAGCAGAAAGAACAGCGCUGCCGUGCCGGGGUCGUUGGAAGAGGCUGAUGAGCUAAACGAGCUCAUGGUGGAGACAGAUCAGGCCUUCCCACUGACUGUCAAGGAAGAGCAUGAACUGUGGCUCCAUGCCUGCCGCUUCUUUGGGCACGACGCCAGAGAUUGUGACCCACAGAACCCUGAACAUCGGCAUCGGGUUGUCGGCUUGAAGCUCACCUUGCGUCCAGACCAGAUGUGGUCCGUGUUCCGAAUGCUGGCGGCAAGCGAGCUGACCGGCUUGCAUGGUACGCUGCUGGCAGAUGGCUUCGGGUUGGGCAAGACGCUGCAGGCCACGGCCGUUGCAGUAGUGGCUGCACUGGUCCACAUGGCGAAGUUGGAGGUGAUGAAGGAAUGGGCGGCUGACGAUGACCGCCAUCCAUUUUGUCGCCGGCACUUGCCGCAGCCGAACAAAGGUCGGCCGCAGACUGAAGGCGCGGAGUGUCCCUCCGGCACAUACAGGCUUGGCUUUGCCUGUCCAUGUGUGAAGCGCCUGCCUACAAAUCGCUUGAUGGAUACUCUUCCGGGGCCUGGAGCACUGUUUAUCGUGCCUCCGAGCCUGCUGGCGCACUGGACAACGAAGUUGGCGGCAGUGCCGUGUCCACUGGUGGUUGUGCCAUCGUCUGUGGCGCUUGCGAACGCGUUCAAGAUCGGCAGCACAAUAGGCCAGAUCCAGCAAGCGCACGAGCGAUACAAUCCCGGGUUUCCACAGGCAGAAAUGCGAGGUAGCAUUUUGAAGACAGACGUGGCGUUUCCCUUCCAGCCAUCGAUGGUGUUCAUUGACGAGGCCCACAAAGUAAAGGGGAAAGACACGCUUCUCUGGAAGACAGUGCGGAAGAUGGUCUGCCGGUCGCAGUAUCCACUAUUCGUGUAUCCCUGCAGCGCUACACCGACACCCAAGGAUCCCAACGACCUAGAGUGCUUCGUGGACAUCCUGGCCAGUCCGUACGGGAGUGGCGAGCUGCGGGCGUCGUUGCUGUCGUCGAUUCCGUCAUGGCUGCAGCGCCGCACUUUGAACCAAAAGAAGCUGGUAGACGCCUUACAGGCCUGGUACGCCCAGAGCCGGUCACUGGUGUCCCAGGUGGAGGCCAUGUCAAGAGAGGCGCAUGAUGAGUCGGCGACCGGACAACUGGUGCAUGAAAAGCGGCGCACUGAUCUUCGGAAGCAGGCGGAGGUAGCUACAACUCGACGUCUGGCGCUGUUCAGGCUGGUAGCUGUGGCUCGGGCGGGCGACCACGAGUUCCUGGGCAAGUUUCCCAUUCAAAAGCUGCCACCGCUGGAAAUUGAGGAGCGAUUGUGUCCAACGGACGAGAGCGUUCGUGAUCUGGUCUCCGAGCUCAGCCGCAAUGUUGCCGGUCAGAUCCGAGAGCAGUACCACGAGUACGUGCUGGCGGCACAGCAGAAGAAGCGACGUCACAAGAGGAAAGACAGCCCGGGUGACAACCGAAUUCUCACGCUGGAGGAGUUUGCGUCUCGAAGAAGCACCGACCGCGGGCCUCAUGCAAUCUUCUACGACCUCCAACUCUGUGCUGUAUUUCCAGCACUCGCCCGAUAUAUGCAGAUGUCGCCACCCCUCGUGGGACGUUACGGUCGAAAGUUUGAGUUCCGGACGCGCGACUUUGAGGGGUUCCAGCAACCGCUGCCAAACGACAGUCAGAGCUGGACCAAUACGCCCUACUGGCCACACAUUGCGAAUUUCUGCGCGUACAGCAGCAAGCUUUACACGUUGUACGGAAUCUUGGACAGUAUGCGGAUCGACACCACACCGCACCGGCUGCUGUCAGGCGCGAAAGUCGUACUGGCCAAGAGUGCAGUGGUGUUCACAUCGCGGCCGUUGGUGGCAUACACAGUGGCACUGGCGCUGCAUCACCACUAUGGCGGGCGGCUGCCGGUGUCGCUGGUGCUGGACACAACGAGCCAGCAAAUGAGGCGUCAGUUGCUAGCCCCGUUUGAGGGUCCUGUGGUGAAAGAGAUGGCCAGCACCGACGAUGCAGGCGUAAGCCGCGUGCUGAUCGCAACCAUUGGGACGUCAGCUGAGGGCCUGGAUCUCACGCGAGCCAGCUAUGCGUUUAUCCUGGAGCCGUACUGGAACCACGACCAGGAGAGGCAGGCGCUUGGUCGGGUGCUGAGAGCAGGUCAGUGCGCGCAAACGCACUUGUACAAGCUUGUAUGUCCCGACAACAUCGCCGAGCGGCUGAUACAAUGUCGACAGAUGGGUCGGCGGGCGGCAACUCAGGGAUGGGACAUGCAGGAGGCACUGGGAUCGUUUUUGCAGGAGAAUUGA